CACGGAACUAAAUUCGUUUCGGACCUAUUCUCUUAUAUCUUCCCCUUAACCAAAGUUACAUAAUCUGAAAAUCUGAACAAGUUUUUUUUUUUUGUGAACCCUGCACAAGUGUCCGAAGAGCUAAAGGAACGAUGUUCUUUUUCUUUGCUGGUGGAGUAGGGCAACAGGUGAGGCAGGUGCUCAAAUCCGGUGCCGGAAAAUGCAUAAGAUGUGGCUCUGACGCCGAUUUGGUGGAAUACGACAGAGUCUUGAAGUUGUUCUUUGUUCCUGUCUGGAGAUGGCCAGGGAAAGAUCCUGUGCUCCAUUGUAGAGACUGCGAUCUGUUUUUCCCUCAGUCUCUCUCACCGCCUAUUUCUCUAGCUACGUGCCGUUUCUGCGAUCGAGUCGUAGAGUCUGAGUUCCGUUUCUGCCCCUUUUGUGGCUCUUCUCUGUGAAUUUUGGCUCUGUUUAAUAAGUUUGUUUGUAGUGAGUUUUUAUUGUAAUUUUACAGAAUCUUUGAAGUUGUUGUGGUGGUUCUUGCAAAAUCUAUAAACACUUCCCGUGUGUGUUGUGUUGUUUUGUUUUGCUGAACAACAUCAUAUCUUGAUACGGAAACUGAAUCCAAUCAGUGAAAUUACUAUAUUUUGUUAAUUGUGUUGAAUAUAAAUAUUUGAAAAGGCCA